AUGGUUGCGUUCAAAGCGGCGCUGCUAUGGCUCAGCACUUUAGCUUACGUUCGUGCAUUACCAGCAAGUAACAAAGAAGCUGAGUACAAGUAUGACAUUAAUGGAGAGAUCCUUACCUCUGGCACCGAUAAGAGAUCAAACAGCUAUCCAGUCUGUAAAAAUGACCGAAACUACUCAGCCCUUGAGCGCAAUAAGGCCAAGGCAUUGCCAUUCUGCUCCACGUACCUUCGCAGCACAAAGAUCAUAACAGUGACACCCACGAUUCGCAAGACCACCACUCGAAGCGAUUACAUAACAGCUACCGUUCGGCAGACCAGUACAGUCACCACGCAGAAAAUUACAGUGGCCACAGCCAGAGUGACGGACACGUCUACUGCCACCCAAACAAGGACAAUUACUGCCCAGGUCACAGACACCAAGACAGAGCGAGCUACCAUUACACUCACAGACGAUCUUACCGACACUGCUACAGCUCUGGCGACAAGAACAGCAACAGUGGAAGUCACUGUUGAUAUUACGAAGCAGGUCACCGACACCGUUACAAUUGGGGUAACAGACACAGUUACCAACCAGGUCACAAGCACGGUGACUGAGGAAGCCACCGACAAAGAGUCUACAACUGUCACAGUAACCUCUACCGCCCCGACCCCUACCCAAACUAUUACCACGAACAAAUACCAUUGUUCCAUUACUGGGUAUGGUACAGCCCAGUACAGUUUGGCCGCUGGUCCAAGUGGUAGUGGCACCUUUGCCUCAUGUAAGGCGUUCUGCUUGACGGUAUCCGGCGCUGUUAGCUUUGGAUAUGGCGGUGGGCAAUGCGCCUGUUACAAUGCCCCGGCAGAAAUAAAUGCAAGAAAGCAACCCACCCAAUACUACUUCUCAGACCUAGCUUGCCCUUCUGAGAAUCCUCCCCCUACCAAACGAGCCGCCACGCAGCCUAAGCUCCCUGAAUAUAUCCUAUGUGAUAAUCCUCGAGAUAUUAGCAAAGCCUGCUCGUGCCUCAUUACUAAACCGGCCGCUCCCAUUACCAAGACAGCUACUGCCUACUCAAAGACUAUUACGGCCACAGUAACAAAGUGCAAGACGGUCACAGUUACCAAACCAACAACAGUCACAAAAACAAUCCAAAAGACUGCCACCACAACUCUGCACCAAACUGCUGUGAAGACAGCCUACAAGACCGUCACCACCACCCACCAUAACAGCGCGACAGUGACCAAUACUGUUACAAAUGAGGUCACUGAGUAUAAUACUAUUACAAUGACUGCCUACAAUACUGUCUCUGCAACAGAAUAUAAUACAGCAUACUUUACGACAACUGCAAUAGUAACUCAAAAUGGAUUUGAGUAUGGGUCUUAG